UGCAAGUGAAGAGGUGGAUUGUGGUAGUGCUUGUUAGCGCUAUCUUGAAAGAUUGCGUUUAAAACAUUGUCUAAUGGCGUUUUUUUUUUAAAUUAAGACGUAGGAAUGAAAGAAUUUCAAGUGUUUGUAACAAAUAUUGUUCUCUUGGUUUUCUCAGAAGAUAUUCCUUAUUUGGCAUGUGUCAAAGGUAGAUUUAGGAAAUUACCUACAAAUAUUUUAACAUUUUAAAAUGAAUAUAUUCUAAUCUCUAUUAUCGAUUAUUAUUUCAUCAUUUUUUAUAUAGAUGAUGGUGUAACUUUUAAAAAUAUAGAUAGGUCGGGUCGUUGUCGGUAAGUGUUAAUUAGCAUUUGUAGGUUAUUUCAUGAUAAUUGGCGAACAGUCUAUACAGGAUACAUUUUUAUUGAAUGUAGUCAAAUUUUAGAGAGUCAGCUUGGUACGUAUGGAGUGAAUUGUAGAGGAAGCUGCCCCCUCUGUACUAUAAAUGACUGUACCACAUGUGCAACGAGGGUGAAUGUCCUUUAAAUCUUUGUGACACAAAGUUUGCGUGUAUGGAUUUUCAAAACACCAAUGGCAGUGACGACACGUGGAAAAUUGUCGCCUUCACGCUUAUCGGAUCCAUAACCUCCAUUUUAGCUGUUGGACUAUUAAAGUUGUUGAGAUCUUGGCUUAGCAAAAGAUGUAAACAAGAAAACAUUGUGUUGAACGGGAGUCAAACAGGCAUGGACAACCUUACUCCAAAUGAAAACCACAUGGAGGAAAAUAAAUACGAAGAACACAGAAGUUCCCCGUCCUACGAUGAAAUUGAGGCUGAGCAUCCCUAUAACAUUUUUGUUGAAAACAACUAUGCUGAUCUGAGGACUUCCGAUUUUUCUCCUAUUUAUGACAAUCCGGGUGAUUUUGAAACUGAAAUAAUUAGCGCACGUUGAUGCUAAUUAGACCUUGGCUGAAUAUAUGUAGCAGUUGAAAAGUUGCCUAUCGGAAUAAUUAAAUGUGUAUGGAAGGUUCUUUUGAGCCGUACCAUGUUUAAUUGUUUUGUA